UCAGUUACCAACAGACCGCGCGACUGCUCGCAUCAAAGUAACGUAACACGAGUGAGCACUGUAAGAGAGACAUGUCACGAGAAACGGAUCUCCUCUGAACAAAGAAAGAGACUCCGCGUCGCAGGCUGUUACUUUAUUUCCUUCUAGAACUCUCGUGUCUCGUAGCGAGAAUUUGAUAAUCGAGACAGAAGUUCAGUGCCGUCGUUUGUAUUAACCGCGUUGUGUGAUUGUCGGAACGGAACAAAGAAAGCGUACAGAAUAUCGUGAAGGUAAAAGAAACGUAGCAGUGGAAAGACUAGGAACUAAAAUAGCCGGGAAAAUUAAAAAAGGUGUGAAGAACGUUUAACUGGCCGAUAAGUUCCUUUUUUACCGAUUAUUCCUCUUGUUAUUAAAUUGUGAUCCUUUAUUCCGUCGUUCCUUAAUGUUCAUUCAUUUUGUAUCCCUUUGUCCAAUGCUAGCACAGCCAACCAGUCACUACCCAUAGUCAGCCAGCCAACCAGCCAGUCAUCCAGUCAACCACGCGACGCGUUCCGACUCGCGCGGAGGGAGCUUUGUUGAUUUUUACCGUGAGUGACUCCGAAAUCGGCGGGACUCUAUUGUCAGAAAUAAUUAUAUAGAUAUAAAGUGAUAUCAUUGUGGCAGAUCGAAAUUGGUAUUCGAGAAAACUUAGUGGACUCUGAUUCGUCCAAGAAAAGUAAUUCUUGGUGCAUUCAACAUUGUCGCGUGCUUCUCUUCAGAUCCUGGAUAAUUUUAAACUGUCGUUAACGGUUAGUAACGAUCUUUUCAUUUUUCUGUUGAUUUCAUUUCCGAUCGUAAACGCAGUUCUGCUUCGACGCGUCUGUAUUUUCUGUGGCAUAACCUCGAAAAGGUCCACGGCCAUUCCGAAAGAGUCACGUCGUCGCGCGUGUUUGUGGUGAAGUGACAGGAAGAGAGGACGGCUUCUGUAUUAAUAAUCUCUGCCAUUGUUCUCUUUCAUUCUCUCAAUACAGUAGAGAUAUUGUGAUUGUAGAGGUGAAAUUUAUCGUGCGCGUGACGAUAAGUUAGUUGAUCGAAUAUUAACUUAAAGUCAGAAUCGCAAGGAAAGUAAAGAGAAAUUACGUUUUUCAACGAUUUGUGAUAUGUGCCACAGGAAGGAGAUUUAAGAAAGGAAGGAUUCUCUUAAAGGAGCAGUGUUUCUUUUUUUUUCUCACCAACUACGGAUUAUCCUCGUAUAUACGGACAAGCAGUGUUUAAGAAGAAUUCGUCACGCGGUACUUGUGUCAAAUAUAAUAUACUUUGCCACAGAAAAUGUCAUUGGGAAGAUCGAUUCCAUUGCUUUUAUCAUAAAGCUAAAUUAAUUCAGCUACACGACAUGCACCCUGGAUUAAAUUGAAGCAGUGAGUCUCUUGACUGGGCGAAGGAUACAAAAGUACCAUAAGACUAAGCGCGUACGUUGCCGAUAGUUUUUGUCCUUGGUGCGAUUUUUCAUGGUGCACUGUCGUCGGGAUGCCGGUUGACUGAAGAUGGCCUCCCCGACACCCUCGCUGGAAUCACGCGCAAAUUCCCUCGGCUCCCUAGCCUCGCUGUCACCAUUAACAGUGAGCGGCAGCUCCCCGCCAGCAAGCGAUUCGGCGAUCUGCGACGUAGAUAGCUGCGACCUCUGCUUGGACGCGAAACCCGGCGACGGGCCCUGUCCUCAUUGUCGCCUAGGAGGCGGCGUGCGCUGCACCGGGUGCAAGUCGACGGAGUCGGACGCGAUAGCGCGUUGCUUCGACUGCGCGAAUUUCCUCUGUCCAAACUGCGUGAUGGCGCAUCAGUUUAUGCACUGCUUCGAGGGUCACAGGGUGCUCAACCUGGGUGACUCGAAGCUCGAGGAGCCCAAGAGCAACCUGGUGAUCAACGGCGGAAACGGCGAGAAGGCCCUUUUCUGUCCGCGGCACAAGGCUGAGUUACUAAAGUACUUCUGCCGGGCGUGCAACGUCCCCGUCUGCAAGGAGUGCACCAUUUCCGAUCACCCUGGACCACUCCACGACUGCGCUCACAUCUCCGAAGUAGGACCACAGCAGCUGGAAGCUGUGGCGCGAGCCGUGCAGGAGGGUCGGGCCAGGGCGGCCGACAUCAGGGCCGCAGUCAAGGCGGCAGAUCACGGCGCCGCCAGACUCCAGGUUCAGUACCACAAGGCACAGAACGAGAUAAACGACACCUUCCAGUUCUACAGAAGCAUGCUGGAGGAACGUAAGCAGGAACUGCUGAAGGAGCUCGAAUCGGUCUUCUCCGCGAAGCAGAUAUCCUUAGGAGUCGUCACCCAGAAGGCCAACGAGACCGCGGACAAGAUACAGCAGACCUGCGAAUUCGUCGAGAGACUGACCAAGUACACGACCGUCACCGAGGUGCUCAUGGUCAAGAAGCUGCUAGACUCGAAGCUCCAGGUGCUGCUGAGCUACACGCCAGACAUCGCGAAUCACUCUGCGGACUUGGAAUUCGUGAGCAACUAUCAGGCGAUCCAGGUCGGCGUCAGGAACACCUUUGGCUACGUGCGCAGCAGUAGCGACAGCAACGCAGGACCCAGCAAGCAGCCGCCAAUAGCAAGACCCACGGCGCUCUCGAGCAGCGGAGGAAGCAGCAGCAGCGCGAGCAGCGGACCGGGCAGCGCGGGAUCACUCGGGGGUCUUCUCCUGGACAGACCGUACAGCAACGGUCUGGUAUCUUCGAACUCUACCUGCCCGUCGUCGACCUCACCGUCGCCCUUCGAGAGCAACGUCAUCUCCAAGAGAUUCAGUUCGGCGAACAGUCUGGGUCCAUUCUCAACCACAAUCAGCGAUCUCAAUCUCAAUGGAAUGAACAAUCCUUACGAGAAGUGGAGCAACGGCGGCAGCGACGCCUUCCCUGUAACCGCCAACGAUCACUUCCCGAUUGGACCAGCAGCGCCAACGGAUCCCGUGCUCGACCUAACCUCGAAGCUCAUGUCCGCAGCCAUAUUCCCGCCGAAGUCGCAGAUCAAGAGACAAAAAAUGAUCUACCAUUGUAAAUUCGGGGAGUUUGGCGUGAUGGAGGGACAGUUCACGGAACCUUCGGGCGUGGCGGUGAACGCGCAGAACGACAUAAUCGUCGCUGAUACGAACAAUCACCGUAUACAGAUAUUCGACAAGGAGGGCCGGUUCAAGUUUCAAUUUGGCGAGUGCGGCAAGAGGGACGGACAGUUGCUCUAUCCCAACAGAGUUGCCGUUGUGCGUACCUCCGGUGACAUCAUAGUCACGGAACGCUCUCCUACGCACCAGAUACAGAUUUACAAUCAGUAUGGACAGUUCGUGCGUAAAUUUGGCGCCAACAUCCUCCAGCAUCCACGUGGGGUCACGGUCGACAGUAAAGGUCGCAUCGUGGUGGUGGAGUGCAAGGUCAUGCGUGUGAUAAUCUUCGACCAAGCCGGCAACGUCCUGCAGAAGUUUGGCUGCUCGAAGCAUCUCGAGUUCCCCAAUGGCGUCGUGGUGAACGACAAGCAGGAGAUCUUCAUAAGCGACAAUCGCGCUCACUGCGUCAAAGUCUUCAACUACGAAGGCUCCUACCUGAGGCAGAUCGGCGGCGAGGGAAUCACGAAUUAUCCAAUCGGCGUGGGAAUCAAUGCCGCCGGCGAAAUCCUCAUUGCUGACAAUCACAACAACUUCAAUCUCACCAUCUUCACCCAGGACGGCCAACUCGUAUCCGCUCUGGAGAGUAAAGUCAAGCACGCGCAGUGCUUUGACGUCGCGUUAAUGGACGACGGCUCGGUGGUCCUUGCUAGCAAGGAUUACCGAUUGUAUAUCUAUCGUUACGUGCAGGUACCGCCUAUCGGUAUGUAGAGAGUAAAGUAUCCUCGGCGAACGCGUCACGGAUUUACGAGGUACUGUCACGAGAGGAGAGACAGAGAUAGGAGAUGCGCAAAAUGAUAGGAAGCGGAUGCAAGAGCGAAGACCCAGCAGCAGCAGCAGCAGUGUCGACGGCAGCGCCGCCACAAGGAACUAGUUUCCCCGUCGCAAAUUGAGGAUACCGAAACCUUUCCUUUUUGUUUCUUUUUUUUUUUCCUUUUAAUACAAUUUUUAUUUAACGGCGACACUUAUUGAACAGCGAUGAAAGAGCCACAUUGUUUAGUUUUCUUUUUGUAAAUGCUAUUGGUAAAGAACGAAUUUUGGACAACGGUUUAAGGAGCGGGUGGUUAGCUUUGAGAGGAGAGGUUAAAGAUUUGAGAGAUCUCCUGGGAAUGUUCGUUUACUUUUUCACUUCUUUUUUUGGAUCCACUUCCAAACUGUUUUUUUUUUCUCUCGGUAUUCUAGUAAGCGUCGGAGUCGAGGAUAUGAAAAAUACCCGUGAAAUCAGCAGAUAUAUUUUUUUUUGUUUUUUUUUUUUGUAAAUCCUCAAUAUGGUGAAUUAUGAGUAAUUACACCGUGAAAGAAUUCUGAACCGUUUAGCGUAGUCGCGAGGCGCGCGCGCGUGCUUUUUUGUGUACACGCAAUACCUGAGAGGGAGAGACACGCGUUACAUAGACACGUAAUAUACACAAACAUACACGUAAACACACGGAAAAAAAAAACUUACUUGUUAAUGUUGUUAUAACUGAAAAUACUGUUGUUGUUGUUUAGUUGUAGAGCUCGCCGCCGCUAGUCACUUUUUCCCACGUCCGUUCCCGUUCCAUCCCGUUCCCUGUUCCAAUUCCCAUUGCCCUAAAAUUCCGAGGUAAUUCCUCGUUCGACACUUUCGUACCCUCCUAUCGAGUCCCUGUCUCGUCCCUAUGGACCCAGGAGAAUCUCUCAUUGACUUUGAGAUGAUAGCGUAUCCAAGAAAUUCCUGUUUCCUUUUUUCUUUUUUUUUGUUUUCCUCCACGUGAAAACUUCUCUACCGUCGGUGUUUGUAUGAUAAUAAUGUUAAAUGAUCCAUGGAAAAUAAUCCGGUACCGACGUCGAAAUUCGAAACGUCAACGAAAAGUAAAUCACCGAUCGAUGUAACUCUCACGUCACGUAUUAUCAUCGUUCGCAUACGUACUACUGUUAUGUUAUUCGUUUUCGUGUCGCUCCGCAUAUCCUGAAGCCUCUCGUCUCCUGAUAAAGUAAGGUACGAGUCUCUUUUCUUCUUUCCCUUUAACAGCGACAAAGAGAAAGAAUAAAAGAGAGACGAGACAAACGAUGCUAGUUGAACGAACUGCGAGACACUUAUACACGGACACUUACGCGUAAAAGAGAUGAUGGAUAGGGAUAAAGAAGAAUUUUAAUCUUUAUGAAAAAAAAGAAAAAAAAGAAAAAAAAGUCCAAUCCUCUCGCGAUACGUUGCUAUUCAUUUAGACAAUUAAGUGCAUUUAAUGAGUAACUUGACUCGAUACAGCUACGCGAGGUGCAUUUAUAUAUUAUUACGACGAACCGAGUAUAGGCCCAAGUAGAAUUCCUUAGUUUUGUUAAUUAUUGAGAAUCGCCGAUACGCGCGAAAAGGACUGUUAGAAGAUUGUUCGUACCAAUUUUUUUGUCAAUGUUUCUAACUCUUUUUUUUUUAAGAUAAUUUCCAAUUUCUUAUCUCUUUUCUUUGUUCUUCGAUUUACAUCUUUACUGUUCUUGUUGCAAGUUUUAGGUUUUAGUCGAGAGUCACGCGAGAGAGAGAGAGAGAGAGAGAGAGAGAUACAGAGGAGCCAAUCACGCACACACUCACCAGACACACACCACACGCCCACA